GAGCACUUCAUUAGGUUACUUUUGUGCGCAUUGUUCGGUACUCGAGUCAGUAAAAUCACCAAAUCAGCAUCGUAUACCUACGCUUGUCGUGUUUAUGUCUAUGCCACUGUCAUCCCUGCGAGGCUCACUUUAACAAUUUUUUUAAUCGUAUAUUUCCGUUCACUUUGGCAUCGUAAUUUUUCAACUAUCGAGGGAGGAAAAAAAAUCGCCCAUCAGUCGACCACAUACGAGUACUACACUUCAUAGACAAAUUCAUUAUGAUGUGAAAAUUUUCGAACAACAAAACAACUUAAUGAUAAGAAUUAACGCUGCUGCCGCAUCCGCACCAUGACCGCGACCAUCUGAACAAUAAUUUAUAUAGGUACGUAGUACGUUAUUACAUUCGGUUGACGUAUUUCAGGCUAAAUUUGUUAAAUAGUUAACUAUCUCGUUAUUACCAACCUUACGUACCUACCCAUUUACCCACAAAAAUAAAAUAUAUGCGAGAGUGCGAAAUCGCGUGCAAUAAAUUCGCGUAUUUUCGGAAAAACACGUCGAGUGUGCCAUCAAAUGAUGUGUUGAGACGGUUUAGUGCGGAUAUUCGAGUCGUUUUAUUGUACUUAGGCUAUAACUGGUAGUUGAAUUUUUUGCGAAAAGUGUUCAGCUGACGUGAGAUCAAAAAACGCAUCAAAAUGAACGUCGUCAACGAAGACGUCGUCUUGAAAAUACUGAAAUCAAAGAACGCCGACUCAGCAGCCGAAAUGACCCAACUCAAGUGGCACAUACAAGGCAACAUCAUAAAAGCAGGAGACAACUACAUGAGCGAAGUGUACAGAUUGACCAUAGAUUACUUGAAAAAUGGCCAACCUCAAACCAGAAUUCUAUUCGUCAAAGUUCCUUCAGACUCACCGAUGUACGAGGCAGGUUCCAAAUGGGAUGUUUUCACCAAAGAACUCGUCAUGUACACGGAGAUCCUACCUCAAAUAUACGCUUUCGAAGACGAUUAUUUCACCGCCAGAUAUUACUACGUUGAUGAAAAACACACGUUGUUUUUAAAGGACCUUACUCAGACCGGAUACAAGACCGGAAACCGUACACAGCAAUUAGAUUUUCAACACUGUGCUUACGCUUUGAGAUGUCUAGCAAAGUUCCACGGUUUAUCGGUGCAUUUAGAGAAGACCAAAGGCUUACCCGACGUUAUUCGCAAAGAUCCUUUUUACAAUUUUAACAACGAAGAUGAAGAAAUGCGGAAACAAUUUUUAGCCGGAUUGACGCAAUUUUACGAUUUCCUCGACCCUGCGAUCCGGUCCAAAUACGCCGACAAGAUAGAAUUCUUCAAGACCAUAGAAUGGACCGAGGUGGUCGCCAACAUCGUUCCAGAGAACAGCUCGUUCAAUGUAUUGAAUCAUGGCGAUUAUUGGACUAAUAACAUUAUGUUCAAGUACGAUAAAUUUGGUAUCAUUAAGAAAGCCAAAAUGCUCGAUUUCCAAAUCUGUCGUUGGUCAAAUCCGGCUAUCGAUUUGAUAUACUUCACGAUAACCAGUAUGCGAUUUGAAACGUACGAAAAGUAUUUCGAUUUAUUGUGCUCCAUUUAUCUGGAGACUCUGAAUAAAGUAUUAGCUAAAUUCGAUUAUCCUACGUACGAAAUGGAAGUCUUGAAGAAGGAUAUUGAGAGUAGAUUUGCGUUCUGCUUUGUUGUAAUGAGCUGUGUUUUACCUAUUAUCGUAAGUGACCCAGAUGAUCCUGUAAAUAUGCACGAGGUUGUCAAAAAUAACGAAUUCGACGCUACUCCUCUGCAUAAGACGUUUAAGCAGAAAGAGUAUUUGAAGAUAGCUGCCAAAUGGUUCGAACAUUUUGCUAAAAAAGAUAUGUCCACGUUCGAAAGGAAACCAAUAGAAUCACUGAAUGGAAAUGGACUCCAACAUGUAAACGGAAAUGGAGUUCAGAAAUAAAUUUCAUGAAAAUGAGGAUCGAUAUAAACUAAACUGGCCCAAAUUUAUGUUUCCUCAACACCGGACAAAACGAACCAGAAGGUAAAAAAAUGAAGACGAAGAAUUGUGAAAUGCGCACACGCCAGGAGCCAGAGCAAUAAAUCCUAGCGUAAAUAAUAAAUCAUCUUCAUUCUCAUAAUAUCAAUACUGAGCACAAUGAUGAAAUACAUUAUAAUAUAAAAAUUGACAUAAUUA